UCCGGUGCCCGCAAGCGCCAGCGUUACGUGGAGAAGGACGGCAAGUGCAACGUGCAGCACGGGAAUGUGCGGGAGACUUACCGCUACCUCACCGACAUCUUCACCACCCUGGUAGACCUCAAGUGGCGCUUCAGCCUCCUCGUCUUCAUCCUUGCCUACGCUGUCACCUGGCUCUUCUUCGGCCUCAUCUGGUGGUUCAUCGCCUACUGCCGGGGCGACCUGGACCACCUGGAGGACCACGCCUGGACGCCCUGCGUCAACAACCUCAACGGCUUCGUCUCCGCCCUCCUCCUCUCCAUCGCGACGGACCUGCUGAUGGCACAGUCCAUCGUCGGCUCCAUGAUCGACACCCUGAUGGUGGGCUGCAUGUUCGUCAAGAUCUCCCGGCCCAAGAAGCGCGCCCAGACCCUCAUCUUCAGCAAGAACUGCGUCAUCUCCCGCCAGGACGAGAAGCUCUGCCUGAUGUUUCGCGUGGGCGACCUGCGGGACUCGCACAUCGUGGAGGCCUCCAUCCGCGCCAAGCUCAUCAAGUCCAAGCAGACGCAGGAGGGCGAGUUCAUCCCCCUGGACCAGACCGACCUGAGCGUGGGCUUCGAGACGGGCGACGACCGCCUCUUCCUCGUCUCGCCCCUCAUCAUCAGCCACGAGAUCGACGAGCGCAGCCCCUUCUGGGACGUCUCGCGGCACCAGCUGGAGAAGGACGAUUUCGAGAUCGUCGUCAUCCUCGAGGGAAUGGUGGAGGCCACAG